ACAAAACUUCUAUAAUCCAUUUCCAACAUGCCGCCUGCCGGGCAGAAGAUGUAACACAGAGACGUUACAAAACACUGGGCUUUCACUUACAUAAAGCACUUCUCACGUGUGGAGUGUACAUGAAAAUAACAAUUCAACGAAGAAGAAGGAGCGCUAUCCUAUUGCACUGAAAUGGCACGGGCAAAGAAGGCUCCUUCAGAAGCAUCUGAAUCUAAGCAGAAGUCGAGGAAGCAGAAUGGAGACACGUCUGGGGCUGCAGGACAAACCAUCUCCAAGAAGCUACGGCAGAAGAUGGACGGGAAGACCACAUUGAAAACAGGGCCUGUUUUCCCAACUACCAUGACCAAGUUUUCAGUUGGGAAGAGAAGUGGACCAGGAAGCAUCCUGCACUACAUUUACCAGAGUACACUGGGGCAGAGCCUUCAUUCUCAGAUGAGACAGUGUCUCCAGGAGCCGUUUGUACGUUCCCUGUCCUCCUAUAAGCUCCAUCGUACAGCCAGUCCGUUUGACCGGCGGGUCACCUGUCUGGAAUGGCACCCCUCACACCCCACCACGCUGGCGGUCGGCUCCAAGGGAGGAGACGUGGUCCUCUGGGACUACAGCGUGCUCAACAAGACCAGCUUCAUACAAGGGAAAGGAGCCGGGGAUUUUAUUGGCGGGAUGACGUUUAGCCCGACGGACCCGUCCAAGGUCUACCUGGCGUCCGGCGACGGUACACUGACCGAGCAGAGCUUCCAGGGCGGUCUGGCAACGGUUCUGUCCAGAGUCCAGGACUGUGGACACGAUCACCACAAUGUCUGUCUGUGGUACUGCUGUGUAGAUGUGUCGUUGAGCAGACAGAUGCUGGUGACAGGAGACAACAUAGGACGAGUCUUAUUGCUGGGCAUGGAUGGACACCAGGUCUUCAACGAGAAGUUGCACAAGGCUAAAGUGACCCAUGCUGAAUUCAACCCCCGCUGCGAUUGGUUAAUGGCGACAGCGUCCGUUGACCACACGGUGAAGCUAUGGGACCUGAGGAACAUCAAAGACAAGAACAGUUACCUCCACGAGAUGAUUCAUGACAAAGCUGUUAACUCGGCCUACUUUAAUCCAAUGGACUGCUCCAAGCUCCUGACCACGGACCAGUAUGACCAGAUCAGGGUGUACUCCUCUUCUGAUUGGUCAACUCCUCAGCAGAUUAUCCGGCACCCACACAGGCAGUUUCAGCACCUCACACCUAUCAAGGCCUCGUGGCACCCUCUGUACGACCUGAUGGUGGUUGGACGGUACCCUGACGAGAGGGUGUGUCCAGGUGCCCUGAGGACCAUCGAUAUCUAUGAUGCCAACACAGGAGAGCUGGCAUGCCAACUACUGGACCCCAACGCCCCUGGCAUCAUAUCUGUCAACAAGUUCAAUCCAAUGGGAGAUGUUUUAGGAUCUGGAAUGGGAGUGAACAUCCUAGUGUGGAACAGAGGUGAGACAUCGGCUGGUAAGCAGCAGAGAGGAGAGCUACAACAGGAAGCAGGAGUCCAGGUUGGCAGAGGUCGAGGCCAGCGGAGGAGAAGAGGGGGGACUCGGAGGGGGGAGGAUGAGGAUGACAUUGGGAAGCUGAAGAAGAAGCUGUCUUCCUCCUCGGUGACCAGAACCAGAACAUCCAGGGACAAACAGCACAACAGCCAGACACAGAAGGGUCCAAAUAAAUAAACGGGGAGAAGGGGAGAGAGUUUUUUUUUUGUAAUGUUGGAAGAGUUAUGUAGUUAUGUCUAUGACAUUGUCACCUACAGGUAACUGACAAAAUAAAGGAAACACCAACAUACAGUGUCUUAAUAGGAUGUUGGGCCACCACCAACCACCAGAACAGAUUCAAUGCACCUCGGUAUAUAUUCUACAAGUGUCUGGAACUCUAUUGGAGGGAUGAGAACCCGGUCUUCCACGAGAAAUUCCAUCGUUUGGUGUUUUGUUGAUGGUGGUGGAAAACAAUGUCUCAGGCGCUUCAGAAUCUCCCAAAAGUGUUAAAUUGGGUUGAGAUCUGGUGACUGAGACACAUCCUCUAUAUUCCUUUGAGAGCCCUCUUUCUGUCACUGAGAUCUGGUGACUGAGACACAUCCUCUAUGUUACUUUGAGAGCCCUCUUUCAGUCACUCUGGUGACUGAGACACAUCCUCUAUAUUCCUUUGAGAGCCCUCUUUCAGUCACUGAGAUCUGGUGACUGACACACAUCCUCUAUAUUCCUUUGAGAGCCCUCUUUCAGUCACUGAGAUCUCUUCUAGCCAUAAUGGGUAACUGGGCAUUUUUAUACGUGACCCUAAUAAGCAUGAUGGGAUGUUAAUUAACUCAGGAACCACACCUGUGUGGAAACACCUACUUUCAAUAUACUGUGUAUCCCUCAUUUACUCGUGUUUCCUUUAAUUUAGUCAGUUACCUGUCUGUAUUUGUCAUCUGUUACCUUUUUCUUGUUCAAAUCAUGUGUUUUAUUGAAAAUGUUCCAUUCCCAUUGUUAUAAACAGGGACAAUCGUGACUUUGACUCCACACAACAUAAAAUCCACAGAUGUUAGAAAUAUGUCUCGACAUUGAUCACUUUUCUACAGUGUUUCAAAGAUAUAUCUUGUGUUUCAGAUGUUUUAUAUACCUCUGUUUCUGGUGAUAAAUUGUUACUUUUUAUAAACUUUUUAUACUGUAUUAAAAAAGAGAAUUUUGAUCUUGAA